AUGAACCACCAUGAAAUCGCUCCUCCUCCAGUAGAACACAACGAUCAUUCUCAUCACGUCAAAAGUGAUGAUAAGAACAGUUCAGAAAACGAAAAGAGUAUCGCAGGCACUGAUGGUUUGGCCGCUAAGCCUGACGUUCAAGAAAAACUCUUGCGUGAAGGUGAAGAAGAUGGCUUGGAUUACAACGUAACAGAUGAAGACCGUGCUACUCUUCGCCGUGUUCCCGCUCCUUUGCCUUGGACUGCUUAUUUGAUCGGAUUUUGUGAAUUGGCAGAACGUUUCUCUUACUACGGUACAACUCAAGUAUUCCAAAACAUGAUUCAAUAUCCAUUACCUGCUGGAAGUACGACGGGUAAAAAUGUCAUGGACCCUAGAGAUGGUGUUCCAGGUAUUUACGGAAGAGGUCAACAAACUGCUACCGGUAUCACAACUUUUAACACUUUCUGGGUUUACGUUAACCCUUUGAUUGGUGGUUACCUUGCCGAUACAUACUGGGGAAGAUUCAACACGAUUUGCAUUGGUGUUGCUAUUGCUUUGGCCGGUCACAUUCUAUUCAUCAUCAGUGCUAUCCCGCCCGUUAUCAAAGAUUUGAACGGAUCUUUGGCUUGCUUCAUCAUUGGUGUGAUCAUCAACGGUGUCGGAACUGGUUUCUUCAAAUCUACCGUUUCCGUCUUGAUUGCUGAACAAAUCAAAGCUAAACGUCAAUACAUCAAAGUUAAUGAAAAGACAGGUGAACGUCUAAUUGUUGAUCCAACCGCAACUGCUGCACGUUUGUACGAUUUCUUUUACUUGGCAAUCAACGUUGGUGCAAUCGCAGGUCAAGUUGCUAUGCCAUUUGCCGAGAAGUAUUACGGUUACUGGUUGGCUUUCUUGAUCCCAACAAUCAUCUUUAUCCUAUGUAUCCCCGUCUUAUACUUUGCACGUAACCGUUACGUCAAACAUCCUCCUCAAGGAAGCGUUUUGUCAAACGCUCUCAAACUGUUGGCACUUGCAGCCAAAGGAAGAUUUUCUUUCAAUCCUGUCAGAUGGUAUAAGAAUUUGCGUGCGGAUGAUUUCUGGGAGAACGUCAAGCCAAGCAAUUUGGGUACUUCAAAGCCUACAUGGAUGACAUUCGAUGAUCAAUGGGUUGAAGAAGUUCGUCGUGGAUUCAAGGCUUGUUACGUUUUCCUUUUGUUCCCAUUCUACUGGUUGGUCUAUAACCAAAUUUCGGGUAACUUGAUCUCUCAAGGUGCAUCAAUGACUUUAAACGGUGUUCCCAACGAAAUUCCGCAAAACUUCGAUCCCCUUUCGAUUAUUAUCAUGGUUCCCAUCUUUGAAUUCCUCAUUUACCCUGGUUUACGUAGAUUGGGCUUCAAUUUCACCGCUUUGAAGAAAAUCUUUACAGGUUUCCUUGUCGCUUCUCUUGCUAUGGUUUGGGCAGCAGUUUUGCAACAUUACAUCUACAAGACAUCUAAUUGUGGUAAUUAUGCCAGCGCAAGUACUGGUCCUAAUGGUCAAGCAUGUGUUUCUCCAUUGAGCGUUUGGAUUCAAGUCGGUCCAUACUUUUUCGUAGGUCUUUCGGAAUUGUUUGCAUCAGUUAUCAGUUUGGAAUAUGCAUUCACAAAAGCACCAAAGAAUAUGCGUUCUUUGGUCAUGGGUGUAGGUUUAUUCACAACCGCAAUCGGAUCUGCUAUUCAAGAAGCUUUCUUGCCUCUUUCUCAAGAUCCAUUGUUGGUUUGGAUGUACACUUGUUUCGCUUGUAUCUCUUUCGUCGCCGGUAUCCUCUUUGCAAUCAUGUACAGAGGUAUCGAUGCUGAAGAAGAUCAAUUGAACAAUUUGGCAACUUCAACCUACAUUGAUCCAAAACAUAACCGCCAAGAUGAAGAGUGGGAUAUGCACAACGCCAAUCAUGCUGCUGAUCAUGCUGAAAAGCGUGAUUAA